AAGUGAGUCCGGGGCUGCACGGAUCCCGGAUCAGGGAGCGGGAGAGAGCUGGAACCGGGGCCGGAGUUGACCGGGCCGGGCUGUGCUGGGGCCGAGGACUGCCAGCAGCCUCCUGAGGGCAGACGGUGCUGAGCCUUUGACUGGUGUGUGUGAACAAAGCAACCAGGUGAUCCUGCUGGUCCUGAAUUAUUACAUCGCUGUUCUUUCCAGUGCCACAUUGCACAGCAUCGUGAAGCAGGAACCCACAGGUAGCCAUGGCGAUGACUGGGCAGACGACCUCUUACCCCACCAUGAGUAACCACACAAAGGAGCGGGUCACCAUUACAAAGGUUACCCUUGAAAACUUCUACAGUAACCUCAUUGCACAACAUGAAGAGAGAGAAAUGAGGCAACGGAAGUUGGAAAAAGUAAUGGAAGAAGAAGGCCUAGGAGAUGACGAGAAGCGGAUGAGAAGGUCUCAACACGCCAGGAAGGAGACAGAAUUCUUGCGACUGAAGAGGACCAGACUGGGCCUGGAUGAUUUUGAAUCCCUAAAGGUCAUAGGUCGAGGUGCAUUUGGGGAGGUGCGCCUCGUACAGAAGAAGGACACAGGUCACAUCUAUGCCAUGAAGAUCUUGCGCAAGUCAGACAUGCUGGAAAAGGAGCAGGUGGGGCACAUCCGUGCGGAACGAGAUAUCCUUGUGGAAGCUGAUAGUCAGUGGGUGGUGAAAAUGUUCUACAGCUUUCAGGACAAACUCAACCUCUACCUGAUCAUGGAGUUUCUACCAGGAGGAGAUAUGAUGACUCUGCUGAUGAAGAAAGACACACUGAGUGAAGAGGAGACUCAGUUCUACAUAGCGGAGACAGUACUGGCCAUUGACUCCAUCCAUCAGAUGGGCUUCAUCCACAGGGACAUCAAACCAGACAAUCUCCUGCUGGACAGCAAGGGUCACGUUAAGCUGUCUGACUUUGGCUUGUGCACGGGAUUGAAGAAGGCUCACAGGACGGAAUUCUACCGCAAUCUUAGUCACAGUUUGCCCAGUGAUUUUACUUUCCAGAACAUGAACUCUAAGCGGAAAGCAGAAACAUGGAAGAGGAACCGGCGGCAGCUGGCCUUUUCUACCGUGGGGACUCCAGAUUACAUAGCACCUGAGGUGUUCAUGCAGACCGGUUACAACAAACUUUGCGACUGGUGGUCACUUGGGGUCAUUAUGUAUGAAAUGCUGAUCGGCUACCCACCUUUCUGUUCAGAGACCCCUCAGGAGACAUACAAGAAAGUGAUGAACUGGAGGGAGACCCUCACAUUCCCACCAGAGGUUCCCAUUUCAGAGAAAGCCAAGGACUUGAUUCUGAGGUUCUGCUGUGAAUCGGAGACGAGAAUCGGGGCCAAUGGAGUGGAAGAUGUGAAGAGCAAUUUGUUCUUUGAAUGUGUUGACUGGGAGCACAUCAGGGAGAGACCAGCAGCUAUCUGCAUUGAAAUAAAGAGUAUUGAUGAUACGUCAAACUUUGAUGAAUUUCCCGAUUCGGACAUCUUGCAACCAGGAGUGUCACAGGCAGGGCUAGAAAGUAGUGGUAAGAAGUGUCUGUCCUCUAAGACAGUUGCAGUGAGUAACCACUCAGAGACAGACUACAAAAACAAGGACUGGGUUUUCAUCAACUACACCUAUAAACGAUUUGAGGGACUGACCGCCCGUGGAGCCAUUCCUUCCUACAUGAAGUCUGGGAAGUGAUGAACUUUGACCCCAGGGGCUAAUGUCACUGCUUUAGUGCCUAUUUUUCUUAGCAACUUGAUUGGUCCGUUGGUGGAGCCUUACUGCCGAGGAUAGUGACAGUUGUGAAGGACUGAGAAAUUACUCAGAUUUUAUUCCUAAUAUCCAGAUAUCCCUUAUAAUCUCUCUCGCUGGGCGGCAGGUGCUGAUAUUAGACUCAAAGCAGCCCUGGAGCUCGGGCAGCACAUGUCCGAACCAGCAGCAUUGGCAGCAGAGGACUCGAUGGGAUUCCUGCGACACACAUCUGGAGUUCCUGAGCCUCUGCCUUUCAUUCACAUGCACUGCCGGUCAAAGGCUGGGUGCUACUCCUGCCUGAUUCUGCUGUGUCCAGUUCAGCUGCUAGUGGCUGAUAGAGCAAACUUUUACCAGCAAGUGCAUCCAUUGUGGCUCUACAUGGUGUUCCCUUCACUGCGUGCUCCCUGGUAGCUGGGGCAAGGGUAUGUCACCCUCCUUUCUCCCCCCACCCACCCCACACCCCGCGCCACCCCCCCCCCAUGAAAAUGACAAGGGCCUGUGUAGAAAGUAUUUUGCAGUGAUUAUCAGUGAAUUUUCAGUGCUGUGUGGUUCCUGCUCAUAGCGAGAGAUGAUGGUAUUGAGGGCAGUGACGACAGAUUCAUGAUGCAUACAGUGAUGUGCAGGAUGCAGCCCAAUGUUGAGGCAGCUGACCAUUGUACGCCUGCCCAAAUGCAGCUGGUUAGUGUCCAUCGACCCGAAUGCAGCUGGUAAGUGCACAUCUGCCUGAAUACAGCUGGUUAGUGUACAUCUGCCUGAAUGCAGCUGUACCACAGCUGAGCUGAAACUGGCAGUGCCAGCUCUCAAUAUUUCUGUUAAUGAUUGUCCACAGUCUAGCACUCUGCAAACACCAAGGUACUAUUCUCAUCAUGUGUUUUUAUCUGCAUUUAGAUGCAUUUAUUAAUUGAAUGGAGUUCGUAAUGAGCUCUGUGCUGGAUUCACCUUGAUUUCUAACUAUAUGCAGCUUUAUUAUUUUAUAGGGGAAGCAUUUGUAAUGAUUCUUGUUUGUAAAUACCGGUUGUGUGUUUGUGCUUGUAUGGAAGAUGUUGACCCUAUUUGCAUUGCUCUGGAUGAGGGUGGGAGAUAGCAGGCCUGGACCCUUGCAGGCUUGGCUGAAAAUUAUUAUUUCCAGAGCUGAGGUCUAUUAUUACGUAGUGUGUGCACCAACUGCAAGGCAUACAGCAAGCUGCCAGUUGGAACUGCAGUUUAUACCCCAGAUAAUCUGUCUAGAAAAUCUCUCUUCAUUUUCCCCUUUAUCGAUUUAUUUCACUUUAUUUGCCCCUUUCUAUCUUGCGUCAUGUUGAACUUCCUGGUCCAGUAUUACUGUAAAAUCCAGUAUAUCCAUCGUUAGCUUGUAGAAUGCUCAUGCAUUUUCAGGUGCCAUUUCAGUAAACACCCUGAGGGCUAAAGUGAAAGAUCUGCGAAGCUAUUGUUUAUAGACCAGAUAUUAUGGUAAUUGCCAGCCGGUGAUUAGUGUGAAAUUCUGACACUGUGCCUGGCAAUAAGUUGCUGUCUAGUUCUUCAGUGUUCUGAUUGUUUAUGCUGGGUCAGAAUGAACUUCAGCUGUGCAAACAAACUUGCUGCUUCCUUAUAGCUUUCCAAAGGAGUUCCACUGAUGCAGACUCUAGCAAAUGGCCAUAGGUGGAAUUUGUACAUUAUUCUGAGUGAAAGUGAUUGUUGAAUGUUAUGUCAGGGCCUUAAUCAGAGAGGAAGUGAUACAACAAGACAUUCUGUCCUCAACCUUGUUAGUGUAGCCUGUUGUCCCCCUUCAGGAUGACUCCUUCCCCUGGGUGUCCCGUUGGUCAGUGUCACUGUGUGAGCUGGAUAUUGGCCUGGUGCUAGGUGGGGUUAUUAUUGCCCCUCUCCCGUUAGAGUUGGAGAUUCCUGCAACGGAGUGGUGAAUCCUAGUUACUGAGAGCAGUGGAGCUACAGCACUGGUCACGGUCAAGGUUUUAAGACUUGACCGUUGAGUCUUUGUAGGGAUUCCCCACUUCCUGCACAAUAGGGGAUGUUGGUCUGGGAUUAGUGAGCUGUUUAUUCCCUGUAACCACAUUCUAACUGUAGCAGUGAUGGCCCUAGGAAGUGUUUGAGGUACAUAGAUGGAGUUAAUACGAAGUCAACCACAGUUGUGACUGUUGCUUCAGCAACAGUUCAUUGUUCAGAUAGUUCAUUGCCAUAACUGAUGAACAGCAAAUUUCAAAUUUGAAUGCUGUUUGGGUUCUGCUAUUUUGUGCCCUGUUACCCUUUGAGACUCAGAUCUUCCUGUGCCAUAUUCUACAGCUGACUAUGAAGCUGCAAAAUAACAGGAGGGGCUCCUCUCAGUGACACACUGAUGGAAGUCACACAAGGCAUUGAGGGAAAUUUCUCCCUCUUUGAUAUAUGGGGACAAACAACUAGCCUGAGCCGCACAACCUCUCACUGGGUUUUGUACAUAUCAUGAACACUGUUUCAGUCCCUCCCCAAACUAAAGCUGACUGUAUGGUAAUGGAUGGGGGUCUGUGAGGGCCAGUGAUCUUGUGUUUGCAAGGAGUAGCUGCUUACUGCACAGCACUGUGGUUGAACUUAGCGAUGAAAUUCCCUACCCUCAAUCUUUAAUGUGUCAGGAUUGUGAGAUUGAGCGUGUGUUGCCUUCCCCAAGGUCUAAUAGCUUGCAAACACUGAUCUAGUCUCAUGUGAAAAAUGGUCUGUUUGCGGAGGUGUCAGAUGUGCUGUAGUCCAGGAGUGUCAGCAACACUGGACCAGCAGCAAUUCUAGUCUAGGGUUAAGCAGCAAUCAUGCUCCAGCCUGGCCUCAGUAGCUGGGAUUGGGUGGGGGGUAGGAGUGUGUGGACGAGCAGGAGUGUGUGGACAGGCCUGGCCUCUGUACCAAAUGAGAGAAAUGAUGAGAAAGGGAAGGCAAGGGUCUGCAGCCUCCCGGUGGAGCGAGACAAGCCAGUGGGCAGGAAGACUGAGUCCAAUCUGAGGAAGGACUGUGUCACGUAGGUCCUGGCGUAAGUGUUGUGUAAGUUGCAGUAUUGCUUUUUACGAUGGCCACUUACUUUGUUUAAAACUGUAUUAUAAAACCUUUUACUUAA